GCUUUUUUCAACCUUCCUUGCCUUGGGAGUCGCUAAUACCCUGCCCGUGGACGGCAACACAGCGGUCCGGGUUCUCGGAUGUGGGCGGAUUGGAAAAGCGGUGCUGUUUCAGUUGCGGUCUCCGGUCGUUUGGUCAAUUUCCUUCAGAGCUGAUUUCAUUGUGAGUUGCCUCUUUAGGCCUGAUGCCUAAAGCAUCCUAAAGCCCUGUUCUAGUGAAUUGGCACCAAGAUUGGGCCAACUUAAGGAUCAAGGACAAACCACUAUUUGGGAGAAACCUUCCAUCGUUGUGUGUUUGAUCCUUCUUAACUAUCAGCAAAAGGAAGUGGUGACCGAUGAUGGUUUGCCGGCUGAUUUGUCUUCAAGGGGGUAGCAGCAACCUGGGGAUGGCUUGCGAGCAACAGAUGGAUGAAUCAAAGGCAGAAUUGGAUGAAAGGGCUGCCAGAGCCCCACAUUUGGCCACUACGGCUGGGCCUGUAGACUAUGAGGUGGUUGUUCCAACCUACCGCCGUUGGAGGUCAACCCAAGAGGUAACCAAGAAAAAACGCUUCAAAGACUCGAAUCAGCCCUUCAUAUUGGAUCACACGCUGGGUUUCCUUUCCAGGGAAGAUGUACCCAAAGAGCGGGUCACACUUUUUGUCGCGAACGAGGGGGAGGAGAAAGAGUACAGAAAGGCUCUUGAGGGAUCCGCGUGGGCGAAUGUACGGAUUCAGAUAUCGAUGCCUGGAGUCCGCGACAGCCGCAAUUUUAUCUACAAAUUUUUUCCGGCAGAUACCUAUGUGGUAAGUUUAGAUGAUGACAUGGAAGGGGUCAAGUGGAAAAUUCGAGAGGGCAGCGACACAUCGUCAUGCAUUGACCUACCUCGAGGACAUUUCUUGAAGAUCGUACGUGAUGCGUACCAGCGCAUGAAGGAAACGGGUGCUUUCUUGUGGGGGCUCAGCACUUCUCAAAAUCCACGUUUUCUUGUCAUGGACGACGUCUCGAUGCGGAAUGGGCUGGUCAAUGGGUAUUUACACGGUUUCAUUUGCCGCCCGGAUGCCGCACCCGACCUGCUGCGGCGACUCCCAGAUGCCGUUGAGGAUGCGGAGUUCUCAGUGAGGCACUUUGCGAAGGACAAAGUUGUGUUGCGCUACAGGAUGUAUGCAGGUGUGACGUCUCCUUAUACGAACGGUGGCGGCCUACAAAGCAAGUUCCAUGUGGGAGGCUCCAUCCGCAAAUCUGAGGAGUGGUGCGGUGCGCAGCAGCUUCACGAACUCUUCCCUACUUUGAUUGCAGCCCCUAGUGAAGGCGACAAGUGCCGUCAGAAUGCCACAGAGGUUCGCUUCAUCAGCCAGACGGGGCUCGGAGUAAAAGCGCGGAAGUUUGCCGUUCGUCGUCUUAAAGGACUCUGCAGGUUUAUGAUCCCUCAACUAAAGGGGAAGGAAAAGAGAAAGACCGCGUUGGCGGCUUUGGCACGGCUAAAGGCUUUCGCAGUGAGAAAACAGAAGAAACAGCUCCCGGCAUUGAAGAAAGUGCCAGAGGCAUCAGGCAGCAGGAAACUGUCGGGACAGGCUGUUCCGCAAGCUGAACGUCCGCUAUUGUUGCUUGGAGAGGACAAGAUUCGCUUUGCACCAAACCCAAAGAAAAAGGGCACAGAUGCGCACCGCCGUUAUGCAAAGUACAGCCGUGCAAAGAAAGUCAGUGAACUUACCGCCCUGGGCUGCAAGAACAUUGACUUUCGCUACGAUCUAAAAAGUGGAUUCUUGAAAGUUGUCGAAUUGGACACCCGGCCUGCAAGCAAUGAGUGUAUGGUGGAGGAUGAUCCUCUUUCUCCAGCACCACAUCCUCCUUCGGGCAGGGCACGCUCGGCACAAGUUCGACUUACAGAGGUCACUGGAAAGCAUCCAGGGCUUUUUCUGAGCAAAGAGUCACUCCUUCCCUUGCAGCACCGCUGCCCGGCACUUCAGGGAAGUUGGGCGCUGUGUGCAGCAAAAGGGGGUCCGCUCUCGAAGAUCUCGCUACCCUGUUUUCGAAUUCUCCUGCACUGGACGAAGACGGGUCGCCUGGUUUUCGCUCACAACCGUGCAGCUGAGCUGCAUGCAGCUUUGCAGGUCCUCGGUGCGAAGACCACAGCAGAGCGACUUCGAGAGUGGAUGACCAAGCGGGAGCUGAAGUUCAGCUUGCAGUCACCUCAAAGCUUGCCUGCAGAUGAGUUAUGCGGUCAUAGCAAUACAGGCGAGGCACCUACGUUGGGAGAAGCAUCAGCGCCUGUGCGAAAGCGGACGCGCACAGCAGGGACAAUGCCGGGGCGCAAAAAGGCUUGCAACAAGACUUCGGCGAAUACGGUCAAAGCCGGAAGUAGUUCUCCUCAAACAGUUGCAAGUGCCAAAGCUGAAGAGCAAACAGGAAAGGACAUAUUGGCAGAUAUCCAGAGAAAUCCUGAAGCCGCAGCAAUGACCAAAGACCCCGUUAACGAUUCAGCCCCACCGUCUUUGAGUGAGAAGGACCUGGGCGCAGGAUGCGGUGACACUGGGCUUGAGAGCUUGAAAGCUGCAGACAAGAAUGAAAGGACUGAGGGAUGGAAAGCUGAAUCCAAAGAACCCGAGCGGAUUUCAAAAAGGCCUCGAGGUCAGAGCGUUCUCAGUUUCUCCUUUUCUGGCACCGACAAGAACCAGGUGGCUCCAGCCACCUCGCAUUUGCCCUCAAGAGUUGCAACAUCCGAUCGCAUGGAUUCAGACUCCAACAAGGGUGAGAUGGCAAGACCGUGUGAAGAAACACCGGCAGAACCUGUGGCCGAAGUGAAGAGUGCUCCGGACCCAAGCCCAUCACAUGAGAAAAACUCAGAAGCUGCAAAGAUUCAGCACAAGGAAGAAGAUGGACAAGUAACUGCAUCGGAUUUCGUAAAGUUUUGUGUUGUGCUGUUGGAGGAGAUGUUUAGGUAGACAGGUUUGCCGCAAUCCAUUUGCUGUUUGCUUGCCUUUGCUAGUUUGAAGGUGACGAUCGUUCUCGGAAAUCAGCGACAUCGUCAAAAAAGCUUGCUCUCCAUGUUUGCAAGUCGGACUGGAGGCUGAGCGUGUGAGCAGGGCAAAUUUCUUCACAUUUCGUUUGGUUUGGAGCCUUUGGCAUCCAAGGGGUCUUUAUGUACAGAACUCUUUCGCCAAACAUUUUGGCAAAUAUUCAAGGAUUUUGAAGAUCUAUAUAUUUUCAAACAUCCUUGAAGAUCUUGAAGGCGGGGCCCUGGGGGAUCCUUCUUGGCCGCCUUUGCGUGGAAUUUCCUCAAAA